CACACACACUCACACACAGGUUACAAAAGUCAAAUGGUUUUCAGGGAGCUCCAGCAGAGGUUGCCCAGCCCAGGUCUGCGGUGGAAACUGACUGACUGUUCCCCUGCAGGAGCGUUGCUCAAAGACAAUGUGUGAAAGCUUCUGCUUUAUAAUUGCUGGCCCCCUUGAUAAUCCAGUUUUUGAAAUGGAGUUUUUGCCACCUGGGAAAGCAGAAUCCAACGUUGAUCAUCAUCAUCUGAACUGGCUCAUCACUCACACUGCCCUCAGCCCCAUAGCUGAGAACAUGCGGCUGCCCAACCAUACAGACGGGUACGCUGUGGACCAAUUCAAGAACUGGUUUGUUUCAGCAUUUGUUCCUGCAGGUCACGUGCUUCCUGACAGAAGGCAAGAAGAUGGAAUAAAGCACUUCUUUAUUGAUGACUGUGAUUUAUACAUAAAGUUUGCAAUGAAUCCACAUUAUGAACCCAAUUCUCCUGUUUGA